AUGAAAAAGGAAACUACAUUGAGCUGCUCUUCCGCGAAAGUGUCCAUCGCUCUUGAAGAUUUACUUGCUUCAAGAAGCCCUGUCAACUGUUUCGAGUUCCUUUUUUCGCCACUUGUUGAGAUUAUUAGACACGAAUUGGAAAUAUUAGUGGCUCUGUUAAAAUUGCAGUGUCAGCUAGGCAACUUGGAAUUCCUUAACUCGAUUCUCAGCUUGAACGCAUUGUCUCAUAAAUUAAUCGAGGAUUCUUCCUGUCAAUGUGAAGUGUCUGUUGAGCCUCGCCAGACUCGACUACGCGCCUGGCUUCGAAAAUUUUACUCGACAUUGCUAGCUAAGUUUACCCUUUACUGGUACACAGUUUUGAAUAACGCUGCCACUUCUUCAGUCGAGCUGGAACAGUCACUGUCGAAAGAGAAUCCAGAUAUUGUCUCCAAAAUCCAGGACUUUGUGCACCGCUAUGAGGGCGUCUACGUAGCCCUUUUCUUCGAUGCCUACCUUCAAGACUUUGCCUACUUGGGACACAGUUACGUGCCUCCAGGUGCGGCCGAGAAAUACGUGAAGGGACCGAUCGCCAUCCCUUGCAUCUUCACUAUGCCCCCGGGCAGCGAGCCUAACACCGUCCCUGUGCCCGACCUAACGGUGAUAAUGCGAGCUAUCAAUUCCCUGAUCCCGCUAGACGCCUCUGCCACUUCACGACAAAUUAUGCCUCUUCAGGACUUACACCUGCAAAAGUCGUUCCUUGUGCUCAAAGUCGAGGCGCGCAUGUACAUGGCCAUCGUAUUCCCCAGCAGCCUGGACGCCGAAAACGGACACUUUCGCGAGUUCGCCACAAAGAUUACCAACACCAUCCAGCUUGUUAAUCUUGUUCGAUCCAUACGAAACUGA